CUGACACUGGUUCGACUGUAGAUUGAUAAUUCGUAGCGAAAGAUGUUUUGCAAAAUCGUUGGUGGGUGCACAUAGACGAGGAUGAAGAUAAGACGCAAAAGAAUCCUUGUCAAAUUGUUGUUCGCACCUGGGCACGCUAGCACACGCAAUCACGUGCUCAAAUUGACAAUCGUGUGAUACAUCGCUUGUACAUUCGUCUUUUGUGAACUGGUAAAGAAAGGUGAUUCAGUCAUUAUGUUGAGACUCGAUAUAAACAAGAAGUUUGAGCCCCUGAGAUCCUGCGUAGGGAUGCACAAGAAGCUACACGAUCACUACAACUUUCAAAUCAUCUUCGAGAUGGCUACAGAACCGUCAGCUUCAGCUACACCCGUGAAGCAGGAAAAUGGUGUCGCAUCCGCGGCGGGCACUGCCAGUCGCUUCGAUCAAUUAUACGACAAAUGCGCAACGAGUCCACCUGGCACCGUUUUCUUCCAGCGCGAUCUUUCCGCCUUGCAAGUUGCAGAUACUAUGGAGGAACUGCUCGGUCUGAUUAACGGCUUGUGUGCUCAGCACCUCUUGAAGCAGCUGCUGUUCGACAAUGAGCCUUGCUGGAAACUGCGGGACCGACGUGAAGCUGAAAAAUUGCGAACACUGACGCCCGACGAACAUGUCCUCUAUCAACAUAUCGACCAAGCUCAAAAUGAGGGUGUCUGGUCCAAAGCCCUGCGCGCUAAAACUAAUUUCGCCCAACCCACGCUUACCAAAUGUCUCAAGUCCCUCGAGUCCAAAGACCUCGUUCAAUCUAUCAUGAGUGUCAAGUUUCCGGCUCGAAAAAUGUACUUGCUCAAGUACUUGACACCUUCAGAAGAUAUUGCGGGUGGCCUGUGGCAGAACAAUGGUGAUUUUGACAUGGCCAUGAUUGACGAGCUAUCCAAUGCUGCGCGCCAAAAGAUUGAAGAGUUAACUUGCGUACGCGUCCCAGCCAAGUGGAACAAUUACCAGCGAUCGGAAAGGGCAGCCGCCAUUGCGCACAAGAAAGCUCAUGUACUGGGGUUACGAGAUAUUGAAGACGGCGCUCCCGUACGCCCUUACAAGCUACCUGUGCAUGGCAGUUCAACUCGGCUCGUUUACAAAAGCAAUCCUACAUACCCAACCGCCACUACGAUGGCGGCCUGGCUGAAUGGAACCGAUGUUCUAAAGGGCAAGGUCGCACGCGAUGUAGACAUGGAACAGCUGCUGGAGAUGAUGGUUCUCGAUGGCCGACUCGAAAAGGCAUCGGCGAUUUCUUAUCGCACAGCUCUGAAUAUAAAUGACACAAAAACUCUGAACGGAUUCGUCGAUGCCCCUUGCGGCACCUGCCCUGUCUUCGAUCUUUGCGCUGACGACGGAGAUAUUUCUGCCAGAACCUGCGUGUACUUCGGCGAGUGGCUCGGAACGGAAUCAGAGGAAAUAUAUUGA